AUGGAUGACCUCAACGGGCUGAGUUGGUCUUCCAACUCAAAUGCUCCCGCCAACAAGCCUCCUCCUAUGUCCUCGGGCCUCUUAUUCCCCAAUACACGACAAACAAACUCUGGCAGAUCGACCCCCCUGUCUGUGGCCUCGAACCGAUCCAAUUCCCCAUCGAAACCCGCCGCCACCUCCACCGGAGAUAGCUUCGCGAAUUUGGUCUCGUUCGGUCCCGCCUCCUCAAACAAGAACCUCUCCCUCCUAGAACAACAGAAGCAAUUAGAAGCGGAGAAAGCCAACAAAGAGGCUGAAAGACGAAGCCGAUUCGAAUCGCAGUAUGGUGGCCAGAACUCCCAGUUCUGGGAUAACCUUGAACAAGGCCGUACUGGAAGCCCCGCCGUCGGAGUGUCGUCGCAGACGGUCGCAUCACCCGCCGACGAAGAUGAUUUGCUGGAUGCUUUCAAUGCGAAAGCGCCCGUGGAUGCCUCCACGAAUUUCCCGAUCCCUAGCGCCUCCCCGUCGCCUGGACUAGUUGCAACGCCUCCACAAAGAGCGACUAGUGGGGGGAUACAAAUGCAAGAUAACACCGGUGGAAUGGACGCUUUUGAUAACGAUGAUGACCCCUUUGGACUCAGCGAAGUCAAGCCCAAGCCCCCAGCUCGCCCUAUACAAUCAAUGCAAGACGAUGACGACGACUUCCUGGGAUUAUUGGGGAAACCUGUGUCGGAAAUGCCACGUCAACCAGUGGCGGCUGAACGAAGAGCGUCUCCCAUUCGCGACCGUGAUGAAUCCGACUCAUCGCCCAUGCCUUCAAACGAGGUCGACCGAGCUAUUGCAGAGUUGGUUGACAUGGGAUUCCCUGCCGAAAAGGCACGCCAAGCUCUAAGAACUACAUCAUCUGGCACUGAUGUACAGGCCGCAGUGAGUUGGCUCCUUACGACAGCACAUGCCGAAGCCCGACAAAAGUCUCAGGGUCAAUCUCCAGCCAAUGAUCCACCGGAGCGAAAUCAAAGCCGCAACCGCAAUGGACCCUCUUGGAUGAACGAAGGAAGAUCACAGAAUGGUCGGUCGCGGGAGGACAGCCGCAGCCCAGCUGUUGGUGAAAGAGACCCAGCCCAAAUUGCAUCCCAAUUUGGCAACAACUUUUUGAAAACUGCAGGCUCGUUAUGGAAAACAGGGAGCAAAAAGUUCCAACAAGCUGUCAAUGAAUUCAAUGUGGAGCAUGAUCCCAGCCAGCCUAAGUGGAUGAGAGAUGCAUCUAGUCCUCGUGAGGAGUCAAUUUCUCAGCCACAACCCACCCGAAGAGAGAAUGGAACAGGUCAGCCGCAAGGGUCAAGCGCUCCAGCACUCACAGAUGAGGCAUUACUUCUAGAUUCAGGAGAUUCACGCCCUCGUAAACCACCACGGCCAUCACAACCCGCCUCCGCUCCUCGUGAUCGACGCCCCCAGCCAUCUUUCCCAUCUGGCCAGUCGAUGCAGCAGCAGCAACCGCCGGCGCCCCAUUUUCUUCAAAGACCCUCACGUCCAAGUUCUCAAGAACCCAAAUCCCGGCUUAACCGAUUUGCGGCAGAAGAGCAGUCUGCACAAGCAUAUGUCAGCCCGGCUAGACGCAAGCGGCCCCAGCCCGAAGUCAAGCCAGCAGCGCCAGCGCCAGAGCCUGAGGUCGAUCUAUUCAAUUCUCCCCUUCCUUCAUCCAAACCCCCUCAACCGACGCCCCGACCUCAAGCUACGCCCUCUCCUGGACACUCAACCUCUAUUCCUGUACGGCCCAAAGCUCCACCACGCGCCGCCCCUCCAGUUUCUCCGCAAGCUCUCCAAUCUACUCACCGCCACCGUGAAAAGGCAGCAGAGGCAUACAAGCGGGGAGACUAUGCAGCUGCACACGCAAGCUUCUCGACAGCCCUUGGCAUGCUUCCAGAUAAGCAUCCAAUCACCAUCAUGAUCCGCAGUAACCGUGCAAUGACUGCGCUGAAGACCGGUGAACCUAAGACUGCAAUUGAUGACGCCGACAUCAUCUUGAACCUAAUCGGUCCCUCGAAGGGCGAGGAUGAAACGAUCGAAUUAGGAAAUGGCGAAGCCGCCAAGCCAAUGAAAGAUUUUUUCGGCAAGGCUCUUAUGCGGAAGGCCGAGGCUCUAGAACAGCUCGAGCGCUGGUCUGAUGCUGCACAUGCGUGGAAGCUAGCAGUAGAGUCUGGCCAUGGUGGAAGCACCAGUAUCCAGGGCCGGAACCGCUGCGAAAAAGUCGCUGGGAUCAGCAAGCCGCCCUCUAAACCGGCUGCGCCCGCCAAGAAGAGACCUGUGCCUGUGCCUAAGAAAGCCUCUGCGCUGUCCGAUCUUGGAGGCUCGAGCUCUGGGCAAGACUCGGUGGCUGUUUCGCGUCUUCGUGAGGCUAACCAAGCCGCCGAACGUGCCGAUCAGGAGAAGUUUGCUCUCACAGACAGUGUCGAUGGAAGAAUAUCGACAUGGAAGAACGGAAAGCAAGAUAACUUGCGUGCACUGUUAGGGAGUUUGGACACAGUACUAUGGCCCGAGGCUGGCUGGAAGAAGGUCGGCUUGGCAGAGCUAGUACUGCCCAAUAAGGUGAAGAUCCAUUAUAUGAAAGGUAUUUCGAAGGUGCAUCCUGACAAGAUAUCUACUACUGCCACGACAGAACAACGCAUGAUUGCGGGUGCUGUGUUUGGAACAUUGAACGAAGCUUGGGAUAAGUUCAGAGUCGAGAACAAUAUCUAA